AUGGCUAGCUCAUUGCGAUCAUGGCUGUUAUUUUUUGCGGUCCUCACCGCGUUCUGCAUAUUCUCCAUUGAUGCAGGAUGUGAAGAAGAGGAAGAAGAAUAUCCGACGAGAUAUCCAUUGGCAUUGUUCGAAUGGAAGAAUGUCAAGGUGCCGCUGACAAUUUCGCUUUGGCUUAUUGCGGCAUCGAUCGCCAAAAUCAUUUUCAACUUGAUCCCUCAUUUGAACGACUUGUUCCCAGAUUCUGCCCUUCUUAUUAUGAUCGGCCUGAUAAUUGGAAUCAUUUUCAGCUUGAUUGGUGUUAACAAGACGGAGUUCUUCCUUGACAGCGAAGUCUUCAUGCUGUAUCUACUGCCGCCGUUAGUAUUCGACGCCGGCUACUUCAUGCCGGCUCGUGACUUCUUCGACAACUUCGGAUCAAUUCUUUGUUUCGCCAUGCUUGGAACCACAUUCAAUAUCGUGGCUAUUGCUCUCUCACUGUGGGCUAUCGGAUUGACUGGAUUGUUCUCCGUCGAAACACCGCUCAUUCAUAUGCUCUUGUUCGGCUCGGUGGUCGCCGACGUAGAUCCGGUUGCGGUGAUCGUAAUUUUUGAGGAACUCGAGGUCAAUUCCGUUUUGUUCAUCAGCGUUUUCGGCGAGUCGCUUCUCAAUGAUGGAGUCGCUGUCGUGCUUUACCGUAUGUUCUUGACAUUCUCGGAAAUCGGAACUGAGAAUCUGAUCACACAAGAUUAUAUCAAUGGAGGAAUAUCGUUCUUCAUUGUCGCAUUCGGCGGAAUCGGAAUCGGUCUGAUCUUCGCAUUCUUCACUAGCUUCAUCACAAAAUAUUCAAGCAGCAUUCCAAUUCUCAAUCCUGUGUUCGUCAUUGUCCUACCGUAUUGUUGCUAUCUUUGCGGAGAAAUGUUCGGAUUGUCCAGUAUAAUGGCCAUUGUGUUCUGUGGAGCUGCAAUGAAUCAGUAUGUCAAAGAAAAUGUAGCCGAGCAGUAUGUGAAUGCGAUCAACUAUUUCAUCAAGGUUCUUUCGCUUUCCUGCGAAACUGUCAUUUUUGUGUUCCUCGGACUCUCAACAGUGUCGUCGAAUCACCAUUGGGACACAUCAUUCGUUGUGCUCACCGUGGUCUUCUGCCUGAUUUAUCGAACUCUUGGAGUUGUAAUUAUGUGUUUCGUCCUCAACAAAUUCCGCCUUAACAAAUUCUCAAAGGUUGAUCAGUUCAUCAUGGCGUAUGGCGGCCUUCGCGGAGCAAUUGCCUAUGGUUUGGUGGUCGCCAUUCCAGAUUUCAUUCCGGGCAAAAACAUGUUUGUCACAAGCUGCAUUAUCGUCAUCUAUUUCACCGUCUUCCUACAGGGAAUCACGCUGAAACCAAUCGCUGAAUUCUUGCAAGUCGAGAGAAAACACGUCCAUGAGAAAACGAUGCAAGAGUUUGUGUAUGAGGAGCUGAUUGACGGAACCAUGGCCGGAAUGGAAGAUAUCGCGGGAUUCCGAGGACAUCAUUGGAUUCGUGAUACUUGGCAAUACAUCGACAAUCGCUAUUUGAAGCCAAUUCUUGUUAAUAAACAGGCGAUGCGUGAAAUGGAUAACACGCAAUUGUCGAGAAAAUACAAGCAUUUGGUUGAUCAAGAUGCCAAAAAAAUUGCCGAAGGAAAACUUGAUCGAAAUCACGUAUUCUCUCAAGCUUUGCUAAAUCAUGCAAGAAGUAGAAGCAACACAAAUUUCAGCAAAACCAAUAAGGAAUCGACAGUAAUUGAUUUGGAGGCGGAAUUUUUGAGAGAGCACGGAGUCGCUGAAUACGAUAUUCAUCCGAGGGUUCCAAUUUCGCAGUAUCGCAACGACGCCACUCCCGCUCCGACCGUUCAUCAAGUUGACAGUGAGAACGAAGAUUUUAGCUCAGUUGACGGAAGUUAUCAUUUGGAAAGAGUGUAG